AUAGACUAUUACUCACUUGUUUAUAUAAAGGUUAUAUCCAUAAAAGGCAAACAGUUUUCAGCUCAGUGGAUAUAUGUAGGUGUAAUGAUUCGUUAUUUUAAUAUGUUCUUGCAUAUUCAACAGGUAUUUCAGUGAGAAAAGAGAUUUUUGCAGACUAUGGAAAUGAAACGCAGACAAUUGAACAGAGACGAACCCCUUCUCAGCGGCGAGCUUCCGGCGGAUCCGGAACCGGCGGUGGACCUCGACGACAUGUUCACGGAAGCGACAAUCCCCGACAGUGAACCGAGCCUAUUCGCCGCAAUUCGGUACAAUGACCUGCGCAUGAUCGGCCAGACUCUGCGCUCCGGUUUUGACGUAGAUACAAAAUUUACAGAGGGUGUGUACCAGCUCCAUGCUAACACGCUAGCCCACCGACUUCGCAUGACGCAUUACGCGGCCUUGCAUCUCGCCGUCCUUCACGCAAAACACAAGAUAAUUGCCAAGCUACUCGCACACGGUGCGGACAUCAACAUACGGGAUGAACAGCAGCGUACGCCCGUGCAUCUUGCUGUGGUCGCCAGUCGGCUGUCCGUUGUAGAGACACUGGUCAGAAAAGGAGCAGAAAUCAACGCGCGGUCAUCAAGCGGAAGGUCGCCUCUCCUGGAGGCAGUGAUAUCCAACAGACUGGACAUAGCGCGCGCUCUAGUAGACCUUGGAGCUGACAUUGACCUUCAGGAUAUAAAGGGCACAUCGGUUCUACAGCAUUCCUGCUUCAGACGACAACCGAACCUAGAUUUUAUACAGUUUCUGUUAUCAAAGAAAUGUGACGUCAACAUCAGGGGUAUUUCGGGUUGCACUCCCAUGAUGUUCGUGUCACAAUUUCAGAGCAUUGAUGUUGCAAAACUGCUUAUAGCCCACGGAGCGAACAUUAAUCAGAAAGACGCUAAAGGAAUGACUCCAGUGUAUUUUUGCACAGACCACAAAACUCGCCGCCCCGAUUACUUGUUGUACCUGAUCCAUCAAGGAGCGGACCUGAACAUCAGCGUUAAGCAAGAUCGCAGCUUGCUUGACAUGGCGAUGACCAACUCCUCCCUGCAGACGAUACUCACCCUGCUGUUCUGUGACGUGUCCAGAGAGGCCUCUGUCAUCAUGGAUAACACAUAUAUGCAGUAUGUUUUCGAGAGGCUACCUGAGUUUCGGGAUAGGUUGGUAAAGGAGCUGUACACUCCGCGGACAUUACAGCGCCUGUGCCGGGAAAAGAUCCGGACAUGCUUGAACCGUGAGGGACCCGCCAGAGUUAUGGACCUUGAUCUACCGCGCACCUUGCAGGACUUUGUUCUGUGUAGGGAUAUACAGCCAGAAGACGUUGCCGUCUGAGAAGAAAGGUUCAACUCUGUGUUAUCACGUCAUCUUGGACACGUACUAAUGACACCAAAUGUACACACAAGAACGUCCAAAAGUAGUAUAUAGCAUCAACUGGAGUUGUUUCAAUUAGCCCUCGCUCGUGAGUUAGCAUUCAAAUACCAGUUGCAUAGGUGAUUUUAAACGUUAACAUGUCGACUUAUGUGAAUCACAACUUGCUUACUAGUUGUAACCCACGGAAGCUUAGUGCAACGGUCUCCUUUGAACUUUUGCUUUAUCGACUGAACAGAACAGUUUAUCAUGUAAAGUGUAUCCUGUUGAUUUAUUGUGCAGCAGUCAUGAAUACUUCAGUUUAUAGUUAACUGACCGAGCUUCGCGAAUAUUGAGCAGUAGUAUAGGCACUUGCGUAACGUCCCAUAAAUACAAAAGUAUUGUGAACUAUAGAUAACUGUGUGGAUAUCAAAGGGCCCACUAUAAUUUACUGAAAGAUUUGAUAGAGUAAUAAGGAGCGCGUGGUUUUUACAACAUACACGUGCCUUUUUGACAUCUAUUUAGAACACUUUCGGCAUUUAUAGUGAGGAAAUAAUGGAAUGGUUAUGCAAAACGUGGUGAAAUGUUUGUCUUACGUAGGUAAUAGUACAAAGUGAUGUUAAUGUAAUCAAUUGCAUUCGAAAACACACACCGUUUGAUUUUUAAACUUGCAUUUUUAAUGAAAAUAUAUCCUAUGAAACUUA